UCUCCCUUUUCUUUUCUUUUUUCCUCUAGACGCACCCCGGGCCAGCCAGACUCUAGCCCGAGUCUCGCCUGCGCGCGCCGGUGCCACAAAACGAUGUCGGGUGACACUUCGGAAAAGCCGCCCGCGGCCGCGGCCGCCAACGGACCCUCCAACCGCUCAUCCAGCCACGGCGACUCGACCGCGGCCGACCCCGCCGCGACCAAGGGGAGGAGUUCCGCAGAGUCGGGCACCGCGCUGGAAAGGGCCGACUCCAAGGCCGUCAGGGCGCCCAAGGGGUCCGACAACGACCCCUUCGCGCAUCUGCCCGACAACGAAGCCGAGAUCCUCAAGAAGCAAGUCGCCACCCCCGUGGUCAAGGCCGGCGUCGCCGCCCUCUACCGGUACUCCUCGAGGAACGACAUCAUCAUCAUGGCCGUGAGCGGGCUAUGCGCCAUCGCCGGCGGCGCUGCCCUCCCCCUCAUGACCGUCAUCUUCGGCAACCUGCAAAACACGUUCCAAGGCUACUUCCUCGGCACCAUCUCGUACGACGACUUUCAGGACGAGAUCGCCAGCCUGGUCUUGUACUUCGUGUAUCUGGCUAUCGGCGAGUUCGUGACCGUCUAUGUGGCCACCGUCGGCUUCAUCUACACCGGCGAGCACAUCAGUGCCAAGGUGCGACAGCACUACUUGGAGAGCUGCAUGCGCCAGAACAUCGGCUUCUUCGACAAGCUCGGCGCUGGCGAGGUCACCACUCGGAUCACCGCCGACACGAAUCUGAUCCAGGACGGCAUCUCCGAGAAGGUCGGCUUAACGCUCACGGCCGUCUCUACGUUCAUAUCCGCCUUUGUCAUCGGCUUCGUCUUCUACUGGAAACUCACCCUAAUUCUCGUGUCCGUCAUCGUUGCCCUGAUGCUGAAUAUGGGCAUUGGCUCUCGCUUUGUCGUCAAGUAUACCAAGGACAACAUCCAGGCGUAUGCGUUGGGCGGUAGCGUUGCUGAGGAAGUUAUCAGCUCCAUUCGGAACGCCGUCGCCUUUGGGACGCAGGACCGCCUAGCUAAGCAAUACGACAGCCAUCUCAUCCGGGCCGAGUACUUUGGCUUCAGAAAAUCAGCCUCGGUCGCCGUCAUGAUCGCUGGCAUGAUGUGGAUCAUAUAUUUGGACUACGGUCUAAGUUUCUGGAUGGGCAGCAAGUAUCUCAUCGAUGGUGUUGUCUCGCUGUCGAGCGUCCUUAUCAUUAUGAUGUCCAUCAUGAUCGGCGCAUUCAAUCUGAGCAAUAUCGCCCCGAAUAUUCAGGCCUUCGGAACCGCGCUCGCCGCGGCUGCCAAGGUCUUCAACACGAUUGACCGGGUAUCGCCGUUAGAUCCCACGAACGACGACGGCGAGAAACUCGACAAGGUGGUGGGCACGAUCCGCCUCGAGAAUGUCAAGCACGUCUAUCCCUCCCGACCAGAGGUCGUCGUUAUGAAGGAUGUCACUCUGGAAAUCCCGGCAGGAAAGACGACAGCAUUGGUGGGAACAUCUGGGUCCGGGAAGAGCACCAUCGUAGGCUUGGUCGAGCGAUUCUACGAUCCUGUCGCUGGCAGAGUGUUGCUAGAUGGACAUGAUGUCAGCACCUUGAACCUCCGCUGGCUGCGACAGCAGAUGGCACUGGUCAGCCAAGAGCCAACCCUAUUCGGUACCACGAUCUACAACAACAUCCGACACGGCCUUAUCGGCACGAGGUUCCAGAACGAGAGCGAGGACAAACAGCGCGAACUAAUCUUCGAGGCGGCCAAGAAGGCCAACGCCCAUGAUUUCAUCUCCGCCCUACCCGAAGGCUACGAGACAAAUGUUGGCGAACGUGGGUUCCUGUUAUCCGGCGGCCAGAAGCAGCGCAUCGCUAUCGCGCGAGCUGUUGUCUCAGACCCUAAGAUUCUACUGCUCGACGAAGCUACAAGUGCGUUGGAUACCAAGUCGGAGGGUGUUGUCCAGGCAGCAUUGGAGGCCGCCGCGGAAGGCCGAACGACCAUCACCAUCGCCCACCGGCUGUCGACCAUCAAGGACGCCCACAACAUCGUAGUCAUGUCGCUGGGCACUAUUGUCGAGCAAGGAACUCACGAUGAACUCUUGAAGCGCAAUGGCGCCUACGCAAAACUCGUCACCGCGCAGAACAUCGCGAAGGUAAAUGAGCUGACGGGCGAGGAGCUCGAGGAGAUUGACGAGAAAGACGAACAACUCAUCCGCAAGGCAUCCCAGGGCGCUGAUGUCGGCUAUACUGAGGACCCGAGCAACAACAUCCAGAAGAAACUUGACCGAUCGGCGACCCAGGGAUCCGCAUCUAGUAAGGCUUUGCAGGCUCGCCAGCCGGAGGAAACGAAGCAGUACGGGCUAUGGACCUUGAUCAAACUGAUCGCAUCCUUCAACAAGGAAGAAUGGAAGCUGAUGGUUUGGGGUCUGUGCUGGUCCAUCAUUUGCGGAGGCGGUAACCCGACACAAGCCGUGUUUUUUGCCAAACAGAUUCUGACCCUAGGCGUACCCAUUACCCCCGUGAACAGCGCGGAGGUCAAAAAGGAGAGCGACUUCUGGAGUGCCAUGUAUCUUAUGCUAGCCUUCGUCCUGCUCAUCUCCAAUAUGGCCCAAGGGGUGGCCUUCGCUAAGUGUUCCGAGCGACUGGUUCAUCGCGUAAGAGAUCGAGCUUUCCGAAGUAUGCUCCGCCAGGAUGUAGCCUUCUUCGACAAGGACGAGAAUUCCGCUGGUGCCCUCACGUCGUUCUUAUCCACCGAGACUACACAUGUGGCCGGCCUUAGCGGCGUCACCCUCGGGACCUUGCUCAUGGUUAUUACGACGCUUAUAUCCGCGAUGGCCGUCGCUUUGGCCUUCGGUUGGAAGUUGGCUCUGGUCUGCAUCGCCACCGUGCCGAUCCUGCUCGGUUGCGGGUUCUUCCGCUUCUACAUGCUUGCGCACUUCCAACGACGCUCCCAGAGAGCGUACGAGCAAAGUGCUUCAUAUGCAUCUGAGGCUAUCUCGGCAAUUCGCACCGUCGCCUCCCUGACCCGAGAAGCAGACGUCUUGGAGCAGUACACGCGGUCUCUUGAUAUCCAGCAGAGGGCUAGCCUGAUAUCCGUACUAAAAUCCUCGACACUCUACGCGGCUUCCCAGUCUCUCGUCUUCUUGGCCUUCGCCCUCGGCUUCUGGUACGGCAGCACCCUGAUCGCCAACUUCGAAUACGAUCUCUUCCAGUUCUUCGUAUGCUUCAUGUCUGUGAUUUUCGGCGCACAAUCCGCAGGUAUCGUCUUCUCUUUUGCUUCCGACAUGGGCAAAGCCCACCACGCCGCCGGGGAACUCAAGACGCUGUUUGACCGAAAACCAACCAUCGACACGUGGUCCAACGACGGCGCCCCGGUAGAGGCCAUCGAGGGCGCGAUCGAAUUCCGAAACGUCCACUUCCGGUACCCUACUCGGCCGGAGCAACCCGUGUUGCGUGGCCUCGACCUCUCGAUUCGUCCUGGGCAGUAUGUCGCCUUGGUCGGCGCGUCCGGGUGCGGAAAGAGUACCACGAUCGCCCUGCUCGAACGAUUCUACGACCCACUCGUCGGUGGCGUCUUUGUCGACGGCAAGGAGAUCAGUUCCCUCAACGUGAAUCAGUACCGGUCAUUCAUCGCCCUCGUCUCCCAGGAACCGACCCUCUACCAAGGCACGAUUAGGGAUAACAUCCUUCUCGGAUCCCCCCGCGAGGACGUUACAGACGAGGCCAUCGAAUUUGCUUGCAAGGAGGCCAACAUCUACGAUUUCAUCCUGUCCCUGCCGGACGGCUUCAACACCGUGGUGGGAAGCAAGGGCGCGCUGCUGUCGGGAGGGCAGAAGCAGCGCAUCGCCAUCGCUCGAGCGCUGAUCCGCGACCCCAAGAUCCUGCUCCUCGACGAGGCAACCAGCGCGCUGGACUCGGAGUCGGAGCACGUGGUGCAGGCGGCCCUGGACAAGGCGGCGAAGGGCCGGACGACGAUCGCCGUGGCCCACCGGCUGAGCACGAUCCAGAAGGCCGACAUCAUCUACGUGUUCGACCAGGGUCGCAUCGUCGAGGAGGGCACGCACACCGAGCUGAUGCGCAAGAACGGCCGGUACGCCGAGCUGGUCAACCUGCAGAGCCUCGAGAAGACCCGGUAACGGCCCUCGUUCGCGAGUCUAGCGCCAAGUUUCGGCCUCGAGGGAGAGGAUAUAAUUCCGUAAUCCAG